UAUGCGAAUAACCAACAUGUAAAUAACCAGUAUGCGAAUAACCAACAGGUAAAUAACCAGUAUGCGAAUAGCCAACACGCAAAUAACCAGUAUGCGAAUAGCCAACACGGGCAAAACCAAUUUGCGCACAACCAGUGCGCGAACGGGCCCAACCCCAACAUGCCCAACCUGAAUUACAACUUCCCAUACCCAAACAUGCACAACUACCAGUACCAAUACCCCAUGGGUCCGCCCCAGCAGCAAAUGCACAUGUUCGCGAAUGACUGGAAGAGCAUCAUGGCGCCCUUAAAAAGUUGCAGAAUCAAGCAACAAUUUGAUGACAGAGAAUUUCUAGCUGAUUUUGUCAUGGGAUUCAAAUUAGACUUUAACAAUAGGUACUUAGUGCUAGAUGCAUCUACCGAACUUCUUAAAUUCACAGCCAUUGAACGUUCAGACUGUUGCAAUAGGAACUGUUUGCCCAAAUUGUGUAUUCCGAUAAAUAUGAAAAUAUUGACCUAUGGAAAGGAAUUAAGUCGGCCUGACAUUAUGGUCGAGAAGGAUUGUUCGUGUACCAUGUGUUGCUUAAAUAGGCCAACGAUUAAAAUGUAUGAAUUUUCAAACAAUAAUAAUAAGGAGCUAAUAGGGACGAUAAAAGCUCCCUUCAGUUGCUGCUCAUAUAAAUUUGAUUUAUAUGAUUCUGCCAUGAGCAAGAUUAUAUACAUGGAUGACACCUGUUGUCAGCUUAGCAUUUUAUGUCCCUGUCCAUGGGGUCCUUUUAAAUUUAGCAAUUUUUUUUUGCGAGAUGCAAAAACAAAUGCGAAGGUGGCUCAUUUGCAGAAGGAAGUUCCCUUCUUGAAAUUUGUAAAACGGGACAUCGACAACUAUACGCUCAACUUCGAAGAGGUGAAGAACCCGGAGUGGAAGAUGAUGCUCUUGGCCUUUUCGCUCUUUCUGGACUAUAUGUACUAUGACAAGAAGUGA